UGGACCAGGUUGGGGGGAUGGAGACCCCAGAACUCUUCCUGCGGUCCGAGGACGACUCCCAGGAACUUUUCCAGCUCUCCGAGGACGAGCUGUCCUCCGGCUCCGUGGACUACGGCUUCAUCCUGGCCGUGGCCUGCCUGGUGACAGGCAUCUCUCUGGUGGCCGUCACCUACACGGUCCCCCGGGACCCGGGCCCGGGCCUGGACCUGGAUGCCGUGACCGCGCGCGAGAUGGAGCGGCUGGAGCGGGAGCGCGCUCGCGUGGGCGCGCACCUGGACCGCUGCGUGAUCGCGGGGCUGUGCCUGCUGACCCUCGGGGGCGCGCUGCUGUCCACGCUGCUCACGGCGUCCCUGUGGAAGAGCAGGGCGAUGCGGAGGAAGGCCCUGGCGUGGACCGCGGGGCGGUACGGCUCCAUCAGCCUCAGGUCCAGCUCCACGCUGGAGUCCUGCUCGCAGCUGUCGGCCGACGAGGACCUGGAGGCGCUGGGAUGAAUCUGAGGACCUGAAUCUGUGGAUCUGAAUCUGUGGAUCUGAAUCUGUGGACCUGAAUCUCUAGAUCUGAAUCUGUGGACCUGAAUCUGUGGAUCUGAAUCUGUGGACCUUAAUCUCUGGAUCUGAAUCUGUGGACCUGAAUCUGUGGAUCUGAAUCUGUGGACCUGAAUCUGUGGAUCUGAAUCUGUGGACCUUAAUCUCUGGAUCUGAAUCUGUGGACCUGAAUCUGUGGAUCUGAAUCUGUGGACCUGAAUCUGUGGACCUUAAUCUGUGGAUCUGAAUCUGUGGACCUAAAUCUGUGGAUCUGAAUAUGUGGACCUGAAUGUGUGGACCUAAAUCUGAGGACCUGAAUUGUGGAUCUGAAUCUGUGGACCUAAAUCUGUGGAUCUGAAUCUGUGGAUCUAAAUCUGUGGAUCUGAAUCUGUGGACCUAAAUCUGUGGAUCUGAAUCUGUGGACCUAAAUCUGUGGAUCUG